AUGUAUGUCUUGCACUCUUUGGCCGUUCUUUGUGUGUGGACUAUGGUUCCUUCACCGAUUGCCGGGGACAAUCGAUACAAGCAAGGUGAUGCAGUAAUGCUGUAUGUGAAUAAAGUGGGGCCAUAUCAUAACCCACAGGAGACCUAUCACUACUAUCAGCUGCCAGUGUGUGCCCCUUCACAAAUUCGUCACAAGAGCCUGACCCUGGGAGAGGUGCUUGAUGGAGAUCGGAUGGCAGAGUCCAUGUACAAGAUAGCCUUCCGCGUUAACAUGGAGAGAGAGACCCUCUGUGAGCUCAAGCUGGCUGUUAGUCAGGUAGAGGAGCUACGUCAAGCCAUUGAAGAACUUUACUACUUUGAGUUUGUUUUGGAUGAUAUACCAAUCCGUGGUUUUGUGGGAUAUAUGGAGGAGAGUGGUUUCUUGCCACACACUCAUAAGAUUGGUUUGUGGGCACACCUGGACUUCAACAUUGAGUAUAAAGACGACCGUAUAAUAUUCGCCAAUGUUAGUGUCCGAGAUGUGAAACCGUUUAGUUUGGAUGAUGUGAGGGAGCCUCUUAGCUUGACUCACACCUACAGUGUACGCUGGUUCCCUACAUCUGUCACCUAUGAGAGACGCGGAGACCGCCUUAGAGACUCUAGCUUCUUCCCAAAAAGCUUGGAGAUUCAUUGGCUUUCAAUCAUCAAUUCCAUGGUGCUAGUUUUUUUGCUCCUGGGGUUUGUGGUAAUUAUUCUCAUGCGUGUUCUUAAGAGCGACCUUGCACGGUACAAUCUAGAUGAGGAGGGAACAGAUGACAUGGAACAGGGAGACAACGGAUGGAAGAUUAUACACACAGAUGUUUUCCGUUUCCCACCUUACCGAAGUCUCCUUUGUGCUGUGCUUGGAGUAGGGUCUCAGUUUCUUGCACUUGGCACAGGCAUCAUAGUAAUGGUUCUUCUUGGCAUGUUUAAUGUGCACAGACAUGGUGCUAUCAAUUCUGCCGCUAUCUUACUGUAUGCCCUCACUUGCUGCAUCUCCGGCUAUGUAUCUAGUAAUUUUUAUCGACAGUUGGGGGGAGAUCGUUGGGUGUGGAACAUCGUCUUGACUACUAGUCUUUUCUCAGCCCCAUUUUUCCUUACUUGGAGUGUUGUAAACUCAGUUCAUUGGGCCAACGGUUCAACACAAGCUCUUCCAGCAACCACAAUCCUCCUCCUCCUCACUGUCUGGCUUCUGGUUGGAUUUCCACUUACUGUUAUUGGAGGCAUUUUUGGUAAAAACAGUGCCGGAAACUUUGAAGCUCCAUGUCGGACUAAGAACAUUGCUAGAGAGAUCCCUCGUCAACCAUGGUACAAGUCUGCUCCAGUCCAUAUGGCUAUUGGUGGAUUCCUGCCAUUCAGUGCCAUCUCUGUGGAGCUGUACUACAUCUUUGCUACUGUGUGGGGACGUGAGCAGUACACUCUGUAUGGGAUACUGUUCAUUGUAUUUGCCAUCCUGCUAAGUGUUGGCGCGUGCAUUUCGGUGGCACUGACCUACUUCCAGCUGUCAGGUGAAGAUUAUCGCUGGUGGUGGCGGUCCAUUAUGAGCACAGGAUCCACUGGAGCUUUUAUCUUUCUGUACUCUGUCUUCUACUACUGGCGGCGUUCUAAUAUGUCAGGGGCUGUUCAGACUGUAGAGUUCUUUGGCUACUCUUUCCUUACUGCAUACGUCUUCUUUCUUAUGCUUGGGACAGUCAGUUUCACAGCAUCUCUUCGAUUUAUUCGCUAUAUAUAUGUCAACCUUAAAAUGGACUGAGGUAGUGAGCCCGGAACCAUUGUUGUGCUUUCAAUGCUACGUAUGGAUAAUGGACCAAGAAUGGAAGAGACUAUGCAAAGGGAGGACCGGAGAUCAUGCAGCUGCAGCUAGAGGGAAGCCUUCCAAGACCUGACAUGGGGAGCUGGGAGAGGCAUUCACAUGGAGAACUAUUUAGCGCAAGCACUGUCAAGUUCAGUGUCACGUAUUGAGAGAUUUAAAAGGAAAGUAGAAUCCGAAAUGGCAGAGGUCAGAAGCAUAUAAAGUAUAUUAAGUAUGUCGGCAGUCCUUUGUGUGGAAGUAUCAUAGGCUCCUGUUCCUCUGCUGCCAGUCUUUUUCUAUUCAUGCCUUUCUCAGACUGCUAAAUUUGUAAAGAAUGCUUCAAAUGUCUAUCCAGCUACCUGUCGUAAUCCAGACUCUGAUGCUGCUGCAGGUUGUCUGCUCAUAGAGAAGUCUCCUUUUCCCUGUGGCGUGUGUUAGGAGGUCUACUGGAAUGACCUGGCCUGUCUUGUUACAUGGUCUCCUGGGUUGUCCUCGGCCUGACAGACAGUCUUGCUCUCUAUUGGACUUCUGUACAAAUAUAUUUAUAUCUUUUGAUUUUCCUUUUUACAAAAUAAAAAAAAAAUA